AUGCCCAAGGCUCUCCUGAUUGGUCUGUUCGGGGACACCAAUCAGUGUGCCGCCAUCAUGCCCAAGGACAUCCAGCGAGGCUCGUCAUGGAGACUCAUUAGCCAGGUGUUAGGCAAUGACAGCAAAUAUGCCGUGAGGGAGCCCAUUGGACUCAGGGCAUGGAUCUUCCUGUCAGCGGUUCUGUUCACAGUCACCGCGCUCACGGCUCUGGUGUUUCCUAGCCAGCUGUAUGAGUCGGUGUUUGAGCUGAGCACCACCACCAUCUCCAUCAGACUAUAUGGAGGAGCCCUGCUCAGUACCUCUCUGAUCCUGUGGAACGGUCUGUACACGGCAGAGAAGGCCGUCAUGCGCUGGACCCUCCUCACUGAGGCCAGCUACUGCGGAGUGCAGCUCCUGGUCACAUCAGUGUCUCUGUUGGAGGUCGGCUCUUUGUCUGAUGGCGCCCUCUACCUGCUGCUGGGGGAAGUGCUCCUGCUGCUGGUCACCCUGCUGUACCACCACCAGCUGGGCCGCAGGACCAAGAAGAACUGAUAGGGGGCGCCAAAACUCACUUGCUCAGCGCCUCAUCCCCUUGGAAACACACUCCACACAGCCGGACUCUCACACAACACACCCUUCCCCCCAGCUGCAGGACCAAACACAAGCCUGCUCUUCAGAGACAGACUCUGUGUGUGUGUGUGUGCGUGUGUGCGUGCUUGCGUGCGUGUGU